AUGCCCCUGCGCCAACCAAAGCGACACUUCACAACAACAUUGUCAGCCCGCAAAGACGAGAGUUCUUCCUCUUCGAGUUCUCCCCAACAAUCCAGGCUCUACACCUUUGAUGACGUGCAGUCGCUCUCCUCCGCUCCCUCCCCGAACCGCAUCCUCAUCGACGUCCGCGAGCCCAACGAACUUCAAGCCACCGGGAAGAUCCCCAACUCCAAAAACCUCCCAAUAACGUCUGCCGCGGACGGCUUCUUCCUGCCUGCAGAGGAGUUUGAGGAGCGGUUCGGAUUCGAGAAGCCCGGAAAGGAGGACGAGGUGAUUUUCUACUGUAAGGCAGGCGUGAGGAGCAGAGCAGCGGCGAGGCUGGCGGGUCAGGCAGGCUUUGGUGGCACCGUGGGGGAGUUCCCUGGCAGCUGGGUAGAAUGGAGCGAGAAAGGAGGCGAGGUUGAGAGGGUGAAAUGA